GUGACUACAGGAGCGAGUGAAGAGGGGAUGGGGAGAAUUGUUUUUGUGUUGCAUUCCUGCAGUGUGUUUGACCUUUGACCUCGUUGUUGUGUUCUCGUCGUGCAUUCCAAAGUGAGGAUUUCCUGCAGUAUGCCAAAGGCGUUAGUAGUCGCUGCCGGGGCUCGCCUGUUCUGCCCCCUGUCUGUGUUUACCACUAUUUAACCAGCAAGACGUUACAAAUAACUACCUGGAUUGUGAGCACAACGCCUCUGCUGCAACAACCGAUCACGUUUCUUGACAAACCGUUUUACUGAAGCGCUCGCUAGAAUUAACGGAAUAAAUACGAACAUACAUUUUCCCGCCCGAGGAAAGGAAAGGAACCAGAGACCUUUUGGUAUUUCAGCUAGCCUAGCACGCUUGCGAGCUUUUGCUGUAUAUCACGCACACGUUCCAUAUCCGCCGAAUUGAGCAGAGGCUGCUGCAGAGAACCCGCACCCACGAGACAACACUGAGGACAUGAAGGACAAACAGAAGAGAAAGAAGGAGCGCACGUGGGCUGAGGCAGCUCGCAUGGUUCUGGAGAACUUUUCUGAUGCCCCAAUGACACCAAAACAGAUUCUACAUGUCAUCCAAACUAAGGGGCUCAAAGAAAUGAGAAGUGGCACAGCCCCACUGGCCUGUUUGGUCACCAUGCUUCAUUCUCAGGUCAGAGGAGACAGAGUAAAAAACAGUAUUUUCUUCAAGCUGCCAGGCAGGAUGAGUCUGUUUACCCUAAAGAAAAAUGCCCUUCAGUGGACAAAGAGCCCAACAGCAACAGAGUCUGGAGAUGCAUCCAGCACCCCAACAGCAUCCAGCACAGCAACAGUUGGAGCUACGGAAGGGGCAGAGCAGGAGAGCUGUGACUCCACAGAGACGGGUGCUGCAAGUUGUGAAAAUGAUGCCUCUGUGGAUGAGACCUCUUCCAGUGCCUCUUGCUCCACAGAACCACAGACCAGACUGAGUCGCUCCUCUCAGUCAGGGAGACUGAGGAAGAAAGCAGUGAUGAUGCCCCGUGUAGUGCUCACUCCUCUCAAGGUCAACGGUGAACACGUCCCAUCAGGAGCAGCGGGGAGGCGCAGGGAAGGCUCUAGGGGGGGUCCAGGCCCCACUCUCCGUGCCCGCUCCGAGCUGGGCUGGAAACGCACCCAGCACUUCAAGAGCAUGCGUGGCCUUCGUUCAGGUCCCAUGAAGAGGAACAGAGGAGUGGAAGUGGAUUUUGAGACUCCAGGCUCCAUCCUGGUCAACACCAACAUUCGUGCUCUCAUCAACACCCGCACGUUUGCUGCUUUUCCAACUCAAUCUCAGCAGCAACUCCUCCAGCUUCUCCCAGAGGUGGACAGACAGGUUGGCCCUGAUGGUCUUGCCCGGCUAAGCAGCUCAGCCCUCAAUAACGAAUUCUUCACUCAUGCCUCACAGAGCUGGAAAGAGCGGCUAGCUGAGGGCGAGUUCACACAUGAGAUGCAAGUUCGGUUCAGGCAAGAGAUGGAGAAGGAGAAGAAAGUAGAGGCAUGGAAGGAGAAAUUCUUUGAGGAGUAUCAUGGUCAAAGGUCUGGCUUGACUAGAGAAGAGGCAUUAAAACUAACAACGAGUGAUGCGGGAGAUGUUGCAGGUGCUGUUCCAGACUCUGAUACUGCCACAGUGGCUACACCGAAAAGGCGAAGUGUUGGAAGAAGACGGAGGGAAGGCCGUAUCAGACGCCGUUCACGAGCUGACCUUAGACGCAGAGCUCGUCGCACACUUUGCAAAACUACGACUGCAGUUGUACCACCCGCAGAACCAACGGAGAGCAGUGCAACCAUAGAUGUUGUACCAUCAGUUGCAUCACCAGUUCCAGAAGAUACAGUAGUUCAGGGAGAGGUGGUCCUUCAACCAGACCUUGGACUGGAAGCUCCAGCAGAAGACCUCUCCGCAGAAGCAGUCCCCUCCCCUGUUCCUGUACCUACCCCUCCUCCAGCCUCCACUAGCUCAACCUGUGAUGAACCAGAAGCCUCCACGUGCCUGCUGCCUGAAGUGGCCGAACCAACUGUUGCAUCCACCUCCUCUCCCUCCUCCUCAUCCUCUUCAACAUCAUCAUCAUCGUCACCCUCUUCAUCUCCCUCCUCUGCCUCAGACAGACAGACUUUUGCCGCAAGCUCGGACUCUUCUUCUUCCUCUUCCUCCUCCAUGGCUGCUGUUGCUACAGACCCGCUUGAUGACGGGGCUUCAGUCAUUACAACUGGCACAGCAGGUGCAAGCAGCAGGGAGAGCAGCCCAGCAGCCAGUCCCGCCACAUCAAGCCCAGCUCUUCAGCUCAAAGAGCAGAAGAGGAGGCCAGACGAGUCCCAGGCCUUUACCAGCUUUCCCGAGAAAAGGGCGCGGCUGGAUGAGCGUCAGUCCUUUCGUAACACAGUUGACUGUGUGCACUCAGAAAAGCCACAACCUACAACCGAGGAGCCUAAAGUCCCGCCAAUCCGGAUACAGCUCUCCCGGAUCAAACCGCCCUGGGUCAAGGGGACGCCAACGUACCAAAUCUGUCCCCGCAUCGUGCCUCCCAGUGAAGGGUCGCGGCGCUCUGGGACGGGGGCGCGCACCCUGGCAGACAUCAAAGCCCGUGCACAACAAGCCCGUGCCCAGCGGGAAGCCGCUGCUGCUGUUGCAGCCUCUGGAGAUGGGGGAGGGCCUGGGGGGAGCGGCCCGGGGGAUGGUACUGGGAUACCGGAUCGCUCCAGCGGGAGGCGUUCAAGAGAGCACCCGGGUCCCAUUGAACCUGGAGGAGGAGGACGAGUUGAUUUGGAGGAGCAGGAAUCGCCUGCGAGCUCUCAUUCAUCUGGAGCACAACUACAGUUGUCCAGUAUAGAUUCAACAGACAAGCCUCAAGCCUCAACCCCCCUAACUGCACCAUCUCCAUCCUCUGUGUCCUCAAACCCAUCUCUUCCACCAUCAGAGUCUCCAAAAUCACUCACACUAUCACCACCUGCAACUGACAGCCCUGUGUCUCAGGACCAGGUGGAGGAUAUUUGUGGAGUGGAAGAGGUGACUGCCUGUCCAAGUGAUAAAUCCUCAGAGCAGACCUUAGACACCCCAGUGCCUACGCCAAGUGAUUCUGAGUCUUUUUGCAGUCACCAAGAGGGGAGAGCUGAGGAGACUGAGUCCAGUGAGAGUAGAACAACUACGCCUGUUUGCACGUCAGCAUCAAAUGAUGCCAUUUCUUUAGUCCCCACCUCUAUACCCGACUCGCUGCCAAGAUUUGGUGCCCAGGGUGUGGAUGUCAUCAAGACCCUGGCAGCAGCUUCUCAACCCUGGGAAGGGGAACAGAAUGGUGCUGAGCAUCACCCAGGGACAACUGGUGUUAUCCAGCAUGGCUCAGACUUAAAAAUACCCAAAGAGAUGCUUGUUACUACUGCCCGAAAUGGAUGGGUAGAAGGUAGUGAACAGUAUUCCAUGAGAGAGGGGUUGUUACCAGAACAUAAGAAUGGUGAUACCAAAUAUGAAUCGGGCUCUCUACCUUGUCUGCCAGGAAAUGCUGCAGACGAAGACACUGGAGCACACAGUGAUUCAACUGAGACUGCAUCAGACUUUGAAAAUGAAAUUCAAGAUUACGAAGCAGUAGACUGGCAUGGAACACGGAUCGAUAGUAACAGCAUACAAGCUCUGAAUACAAAAUCGCAGAGUCAACCUGUUAUUCAGACCCCAAGUCGGUUUGCUUCAUCAAUGUUGAGUCCUCCCCAACACCAGCAACCAGUCAUACAGGCCCAUGUUUCUAACCCCUCCCACACUCAAACUGUCAUCCAGGCUCGCUUCCCUAAUGGUGUGCUAAACCAGACAGUCAUUCAGCCUCAAAAGCAGCAUACAAUCCAUACUCUUGCUAUAAACUAUGCUCAGGACCAGACUGCUACUGCCCCCCUUCAAGCCCAAGUGCAAGCAUAUCUUCCACAGGCAGAAAGGGACCAAAGCAGAAAUCUACGGCUGACUGAUAACAGCAAUGGUGUGAAGCUCUUUGUACCAACAGAGGAUGAAAACAAAACUCUCAGCAGAGGGCCUGCAGAGGAUUUUGGACUAAAAAAUUCUCCAGUUCCCCCAGUUGGCAGAAGAGGCACUACACAAGGCUCAGCUCGACCAGUUUCCUCAGUAGAGGCCAACAAUCCUCUUGUCACCCAGCUUCUUCAAGGUAGCUUACCUUUAGAGAAGGUUUUACCCCAGCCUCACACAGUCAGCAGACUUGAAAUUAACAGACUUCCAGGUGACCCUGUGGGAAACACAGCAAAUCGACAACCUGGAGGACCUCCUAGAAACUUGGGUCAACGAUUUGGAGGCAUAUCUGAGACAGGAGGGUCUGUUGAACCUGGUGGCUCUGACUUUCAGAACAAAGGCCCAUCAGCUCGAGUAUCUCCUGGACCAAGUCGGAGCUUUGGUUCUUCCCCACCAGGUUCUGCUCAAUCACGAAUGGCGUGCUUGUUUAAUGAAGCUAGCCCAAGAUCAACAAAUGUUCAAAUCAGUUCUCAACAACCAGGAGAUCCAGUGCACCCAGGAGCGGUACCUGUGAUAACACCUCUCCCCUCAAACUCCGUUGCCAGGACCUCAAUGGAAAAUAACUCUCAAAAUGCUCCAGUUUAUGAAUCGGCUGUCAUUAAAGAGCACCCUGGAUCUCACCCUCCACGGGGUGAAACUCCACAGAGGUCUGCUGGCUUUCAACAGCAUCCAAACAAUCUCUCCCAGUCUAUGUGUAGAACUACACCUGAUGCUCCCUCACCUCCAAACAGCGACCUUUGUCCCUAUGAGGUUUUACCUACUGUUAAGAUUAACUGGCGCCCAACCAAACCUCAACCACCUCAACCUCGGACAUAUCAGCAACAGCUCUCCCCUGUAGCUACAGUAAAGAAUGAAGUCGCCUCACGCCCUUCGUGCCAACAAGCUCUUACCAAAAACUCACCUGCUCCUAUCAGUGGUGGCAAUACUUCUGUUGUAAUAACCAAAAAGGAGCCUCUGAGCUCUCUGGACAGUUUUCAUGGUGGUGGUGGAGCUAUGGAAGGACUGCUAAAUAUGGAAAUGUCUCUUGCCAGAAUGGCCAAAAAGGAGCAAAUUAAGAACUCUUAUGGCCGCCAAGCAGUCACCUCAGCCUCCCCUGUCUCCUCCCCUUCCUCAUCUGCCUCCAAUCUCCCUUUUCAGCUAUAUGGCAAGCUACCAAAACUAAAGCAGAGUGGGGUCAGUGGGGGGUCCUCCACCAGCUUCAGUUACACAGCUAAUGUUUCUGUGGUGGAUGGUAGUGGCUUCUCCCGUAGUUUAGCUGAUGGUGUGCUGCAGCUAAGGCCACGUAUGAGUGUCAGCAGUGGAGGAGGCCAGAAGUCUACGCUUAGCAUUCAGGCAUUUGCAGACAGUGCUGCAGAGGAAGUGGCUCUGAAGUGUUCCUGCCGACUUAAGGCAAUGAUCAUGUGCCAAGGCUGUGGUGCUUUCUGCCAUGAUGAUUGUAUUGGCCCCUCUAAACUCUGUGUGUCAUGUCUGGUGGUCAGAUAG